UUUGUCAAUGUCUUUGUCAGCAACAGCUUCUCAUCUUGUAAGAGUGUAACUGAACUAAUUAUCAUAUGGUCAAUUUAUCUCCUGAUAACAGGGAGUUUCAAGCUGUGUGAAAGAAGCAGGCAUUGGAUUUAUGAUGCCUCCAACAUAUCAUCCAACAAUGAAGGUUGUCCGCUCAGUCAGGAAAAAGCUGAAAGUAAAAACUGUAUUUAAUAUAUUGGGCCCUAUGUUAAACCCAUCAAGAGUACCAUAUGCUAUUGUGGGGGUCUAUGCAGAAGAUUUGGAACUUGAUCAAGACUCCAAAUGCAGCUCACGGAUAGGGCUAUGGACGGGGUUGGAGGGCUCGGGCUUGUGGAGGGUCGUGGAUGGCUCGGUCUCACGGAGAGGUCAUGGGUCAAAACUUGAAAAACUUGAAAAGCAGGAAAACCUCGCGGAACCCAUUAUUUUCAUGUUGCUGUGCCACAUCAGGGGGUAUUCUAGACAGAGCUGUUGAAGCAGAGGAUAAGAAACAUGGAGAUAUUCUAAGACUGGACCAUUUCAGCUCAAGAUCUGUCCCAUUUUUCAGAUAUGAUGAUCCCAGGAGAGGAUUCAGUUCCUGUUCUUUUGACUCUUGCAGUGAAAUAUCUCUCAGAUUGUCCUGCUGCCCUACAACAGUUACUGGUUUGUGGAAAUUAUGGCUCCUGUCUUUUCUCGAAAAGCUUGGCGGUGUGUAUGGCACAUGAUUCAGGUAUAUUGAGAUGAUUUCUUUGGAGCAAUUCUUGACAACAUUUGUAGUUGAGGCCUUUAGAAUGGAAGAAUGUAUAUCACUAAUUUUUGUGUACAUUUCUUGUUUUGUAUUUAGUGAUAAAGGAAUCUAAAUUGGGCAUAAAUUAUGUUGUAAUAUGAUUUCUUAAGCCUAGACUAGUAGACUAAAUAUUGUAAUUACAUUUUGAGUAAUUAAUAAAAAUCUAUUUAUGUUA